CUGGAAAAUGUCAGUGUGUAAACAAUGGUGAAUAAAGUGUUACUGUUGUUGUGUUUUCUGCAAGCUGUGACCAAGUUAACAAUUUCACACCGAAACCAACCCACCGUAGAGACCUCUCAUGGUAGAAUCAAAGGUACGAUUUUACGAACCCGGCAGCCACCACAUUCACAGUACUACGCCUUCAAAGGCAUCCCCUACGCCAAACCACCCUUGAACCAUUUACGUUUCAAACCACCACAAAAUCCAAAUCCUUGGAACGGGGUCAAACCGUGCCAAAAAUUCGGAAAUCCUUGUCUACAAAUUAGCAAAACUGAUGGUUCUGUUAUCGGAAGUGAGGACUGUUUGACUUUGAAUGUAUUCACGAACGAGUUGGACGUCACAAGGUUGAAGCCGGUGAUGUUCUGGAUCCAUGGAGGUGCUCAUUUGAGAGGCUCGGGUUCGCUCUAUGGACCUGACUAUUUGGUUGAAAAACCUAUUGUUUUGGUGACUGUAAAUUUCCGUUUGAAUGUUUUUGGUUUUUUGACGGUUAACGAUGAAAAUGCUUAUGGAAACACGGGGAUUAAGGAUCAGGUAGCUGCGCUGAAAUGGGUUCGGGAUAAUAUCGCGAAAUUUGGGGGAGAUGCUUCCAGGGUUACGAUUUUUGGGGAAAGUUCGGGAGCUAAUUGUGUGUCUUUGUUGCAGCUGUGUCCUAGAACUAAAGGGUUGUAUCAUCAGGUAAUAGUACAAAGUGGGUCUGCUCUUAACUCUAGAUAUUUACAAAGAAACCCACUUAAGUACGUCUAUAAUAUUGCAAAUUAUUUUAAUGUUAGUUCUGAAACAACUAAAACUAUGGUUGAGGGGUUACAAACCAUUGAUGCCAAAGAGUUAACUAAAGUAGCCCAUAAUUACAAAGCUAUGAGAUAUACCCAAAAUUUGCAAGCGGGUCCUUUUUAUCCCGUUAUUGAAGUGGACAAUCCUGGUGCUAUAAUUACUGAUAGUCCGUUUGAAUUGAUGAAAUCGGGCAAACUUAACCCAAUACCUUUUAUCGCUGGUUAUAACACAGACGAAGGAACGCUUGGCCUAAAAAUUGUAAAUUCCACCAUGAAUAUUAGUGAUUUUGAUGAAAAAUACGAACUGUUUGCCCCUCGAUCUUUGAACAACGAAGACAAUCAAGUUUCAAUAGGGAAAGUAGUUAGAGGGUACUUUUUAGGAAAUUCUUCUGCCACCAACGUUGAUAAAUUGUCAAAGUUUUUAGGGCAAGAGUUGCUGGUACGUGGUAUCAGAAAACAGGCCGAUUUUCAAAGACAAUAUUCUAGAGGGUACUUCUACAGAUUUGGUUAUAAAGGAACGAACACUGCAGGUCCAGGAGUUGGUCAUGCUGAAGAAUUACAGUACUUAUUUAAACAGGAAGCUCCCAACGAAGUAACCGACCAGGAUAUUUUAACCCGAAGACGGAUGGUUGAAAUGUGGACCAAUUUUGCAAUUUUUGGGUCUCCACUUCCUGACGAUACUCUAGUAUCGGAAAACGUUUCCUGGAAGGAAUGUCAAAGCAGCGGGCCGUUAAAUUUUUUGAAAAUAGGGACCAGUGUUACCCAGGGGACAAACCCAGACGACCAAACCUAUCGCUUUUGGAAGGAACUUUUUAAUAAAUUUGGUGUAGAACCUUAUCAAACUUAUUAAAAUGUGACAAUGUAUAAAACGCGAAAUUAAUAAAAUUCUAAAUCUUCAACUUU